AUGGGGCUGCAGCGACACCCUGGGGAGCCGCUGGCACAGGGAGGGGAGCUCAGAAUGCUCUGUCCCCAGCCUGGAGGUCCUCAAGCCCCUUGCCACUCCAACACCAGGCCAGCAACAAAUCCCAUUGUCUUCAUCCAGGGCCAGAUCCAGCUCCCUCUGCCCUGCUGCUGGGUUCAGCACGGCCACCCUCCGCCCCACAGCUCACUCCAGCCCCUGUGCCGCUGCCCGCUAAGAGAAAAUCAAAAGCAUGAAUAUUUAAAGCCCGGAGACAAGGCAGACACAGAGUGCAUCCAAGCCCAUCCCAGCCCUGCUCCGAGCAAUGUCCAGGAGGGAACAAGGUCCUUCUGUGGCAGCCAGCACCAUGCAACCCACGUGCCGGCGGUGAGCAGCUGCUGUUGGCUCGCUGGGCUCUGCCGGGGGGAGCAGCGAUGCCGAGAUGACACCGCUGCUCGCAGCUUCCUGGAAUACAGGGACAUGCAGUCCUUUGAGAGCACAGAUCUUGCCUGGAGGGCUGGUGGGAGAAAGAGGAGGAUGGCCAGGAGCAGGAUACAGAGCCCCACAUCCUGCUCUUCCGACGGCCAUUGCCCAAGAAGCCGGAAAAGUGAGUGGCCCCUGGUGUGCCGAAGCUCCCAGUCCUUCCACGCUGAGAAAGCACCUUCCUCCUCCUUCUCCUCGGCAUUCCUCGGGGGCUUCACCCCCUGACCCUCGAUGCUGCCUGGGCGCCGUUUUGGCCACUCGGCCCUGGUUCCGGGGGCCCUUCCCGUUGCAAGGCCUCCAAAGCUUCAAUAAAGUGAUGUUUGGGAA